CGCUCAGGGUCACAUCCUCGUAACAAUAACAUCAACCCUUCUCUAAUUAUGUCCUACGGACCAGGUACCGAGACCAUCCGGUUUCGUCGUCCCACCGCUGGGCCCAACGCCGUGGCCGAAAAGCAGAAAAAGGUUCAAGAGGACGACGUCCGGGACGUGGACAGGUUCGGGGGGAAACAUGCGCCCCUGCCAGCUUGGAAGAAAAGGCAUCGGGGGUUGCUGCAGGAUCAGGUCGGAAGACAGAACUCCGGCCCGUUCAUCCCCUCGUUCUCUUUGGCCGUCCGGCUCUUGUUGCUCGUUCGAGUCUCGGCAGCCAUGUAUUCAAAUAUUCAGGAUUGUGACGAAGUAUUCAACUUUUUCGAACCCCUUCACUAUUUCACGUUCAACAACGGAUUCCAGACAUGGGAACUCUCUCCGGAGCACGCUAUCCGUUCGUGGACUUAUAUCCUACUGCACUGGCCCCUGGCCCAUCUGGCUCCUUUUGCCCUAAAGAUCCAAAAGCGAGCAGCAUUCUUCGUCCUGAGGAUCUCGCUGGGGAUUAUCUGCUCGGUCUGUGAAGCUAGCUUCUACCGGGCGGUCGCGGAUCACAUUAACGAGCGGGUGGGAAGGUAUUGUCUGAUGAUGCUGCUCGGAAGCUGCGGGAUGUGGAAUGCAGGUGGAUCCUUCUUGCCAUCGACGUUCACCAUGUACACGACCAUGUUGGCAUUCACCUUCGCCCUCCCCUUGGCUUCCAACAAUCCGUUCGGAAUCACCCGAUCUUGGAGGGCGACCUUUUUCUUCUGCCUCGGUCCUAUCUUGGGGUGGCCGUUCGUCGGUCUGAUGGCGUUGCCGUUCAUCUUUGAACAGUGCGCUUUGAGAGCGGGGGAUGUGGCCAAGAAGGAAGAGAUGGGGGGAUUGCUGGCGGACAGGACUAGGAGAUUGGUCGGAGCGGGGAUUCUUUCGGUGGUUCUGAUCUCGAUCCCCAUCGUCGCCAUCGACUCGUGGGCUUACGGACGUCUCGUCUUCCCCAACCUCAAUAUCGUGCUCUACAACGUCUUUUCACGUUCAUCAGCCACCGGACCCGACAUUUACGGGACCGAACCCGCCACCUUCUACCUCGCCAACCUGUUCCUCAACUUCAACUACCUCUUGCCCUUGGCCUUGCUCUCCCUACCCGCCCUCGCCGUGACUUACAAGUUUGAUUUCCGUCGCUUGGGUACAUCCCAGCAGGCGGUCAAGGAGGGAGAAUCUAGCCCGUAUACGCUACUCGUAUUGCGUCUGGCUCCGUUCUACCUUUGGUUGACGACCAUGAGCUUGCAAGCGCACAAGGAGGAGAGGUUCAUGUACCCCCUUUACCCAUUGUUGUGCAUGAACGCGGCUGUCAGUAUCUUCUUGAUCAAGGGUUGGGCCGAGACGAUCUACGUCAAGGUUACUGCUUCGCCCUACAAUGCCGGUCGAUCGAGGAUCUUCAGCAACAUCUCCCUCGGACUUCUCCUGCCUUCCCUCUUGCUUUCCGCUUCCCGGAUAUACGCUCUUGGACACUUCUACCACUCGCCAUUUGAUGUGGCCUAUCAUUUCCAGUACACUGAGAUCCCCCAGCUCCUCGUUGAAUCUGGAUACAAGCCCAUUCCUCCUCCCGAGAAGCACGCGAAACGUCACGCCGAACUGGGGUACAGUGACGAAUGGGACUUCUCCGUCCUGCACGAUUUCGAUCCCAAGGUCAAGCUCUGUUACGGGAAAGAAUGGUUCAGGUUCCCAGGAAGCUACCUGAUCCCCGAGGGAAUCGAGGUCGGUUGGGUGAAGAGCGAGUUUGAUGGGAUGAUGCCGAUCCAGUGGGACAAGAGUUUCCCAAGCAAGGAACUGUGGAGGCGGGAACAGACGAGGCUCGUACACCCAGGCCGCUUCAACGAUCGGAACGAGGAGAACACUGAAGCAUAUAUCGAUGUAUCGGAAUGCACUUAUCUGAUCGAUUCGACACUACCCUCGCAACGUCCGACCAAGCUCCAGCCCGACUAUGCGGCGGAUUCGGAAAACUGGAUCAAGCUGUUCUGCGAGCCUUUCUUGGACGCCGCCUCGACACCCUGGUGGGCGAGGAUCUUCUAUUUGCCGGGGAGCAAGGUAGAAGACGCGAGGGUAUGGGGCGAGUACUGCUUGUUGCGAAACAGGAACGCCUAGACGGCGAAAGACACCCGAAUGGAGAGGAUGCCCAGGCGCCGAGAUAAACAUCUAGUCUUAUCAUGACGAAGAAGUGAAACAUAUAGAGAUCGCACAGUCAUCGUGAAGAAAACUCAUAAAACUAGCUAGACGCAACCACAGACAAACACCUUCUUCGUAAAACACUAUAGGUAGAAAUCGCGCUACAGCGACCGGAUCGAGACCCUACAUCCAAACAUUUGCAUUGCAU